AUCAUCACCAAGAAGCUUCUCAGGAUCACGCUGGGUUGCGACUUGGCUUUGUGAACCUCUAACAACCUCUAUACAAACCACCGUUUCCCGAGAUUACCCCUCGCCGAACUUGAGAAACCUCAUUCCAACACAAGCUUCGCACACCCGUUUUUCCGCAACUGUCGCCACUGCUGUAACAGCCGGUUGUUGGAGCUCGAGCUUUCUAGGUUGGCAAAGUGCCCAAAUCGUCGGCAAGAUGGAAGACACACUUUUCUACUUCGAGCGCGAGAAGUACAAGACCGACGAAGUCUACGACAAGACCAUUAGAAAUCACAUUCUGAAGAUCACUCGUCUAUUCAAGGACGAUGCGCCGGCCAUCAUAGCCAAAGCGCCGCAAUUGCUCGAGAUCGUUCACCCCAGCGACCACUCGAUUUCCUACCUCGCGAUCCUGAACACUCUGAAGCAUCUGGACGAAAGCUCUCUACCCCUGCCGAUCGAUACCUUUCGAGAACAUAUCGCUCGCUUCUUGUUGUCGUUCGACGCCCGGCAGAUGCGCUAUGUUGGUGAUGUCUUCUACGACCUGUUGAAAGAUGUCGUGGAAUGCAAGUUCUUUCAAGCGCGUCAGUCUGUAGAGAUCGUUGUCGCCGCAUUGAGGCUACUCGAUCCCGAAUCAGCCGUACUUACGAGCCUCCACCUCGCUGUGGUGAGGCUAGCUUACGAAACGACGAACUACGACGAAGUGCUGCCAAUACUCGAGAAGCCAUGGGUGUUCCUCCCUGGAAUGAAGGACCAGCCUCGUCCAACAUACCCUUGCGAUUUGACAGCCUCACCUUCCGCCUAUAUCAGCCCCGCCACACAACUCACGGAGUACUUGACUCGCGAGGGUGUCAUGGAGCACGAGUAUAUCAGUGCCCAAAUCUUCACGAAGGAGCUCAAAUGGGCGCAGGCUCACAAAGCCUACCAAAGAAUCAUCACUUGGCCGUCAAGGGAAACCUCUGUGAGCAAGUUGAUGACUGACUCCCAUAAGCGAUGGCUUCUCACAGGUCUCUUGGCUCUCGGCCACACGCCGGUUCUACCUGGACAAAUCAGUUCAAGCGCUCAGAAGGCGUUCGCGUCUCUGUCAAAACAAUAUGCAGAUCUCGCGAGCCUCUUUUCAACCACCAAUGUUGAGCAGUUCAAGGGCGCAGCCGAGAAAGGCAUCGAGACGUGGGCAGCUGAUGGAACCACCGAGCUGAUCAAAGCGGUUGUGACGGCGUAUCAGAAAUGGCAGAUUCUUGGUCUCGCCGACGUGUAUCACAAGAUCAGCGUAUCGGAGAUCCGCCAACAGACACUCAGUGCCGAGACAGCUCGGAACCUCGAGACUGACGAGGAGGUGGAGCAACUCCUGCAGGAUAUGGUCAGCAUCGGAAUGCUCCAGGGCUCAUUGGAGAUCAGCCCUGAUGGCGUCAAGUGCCUCACCUUCCUCCCGCGUGACACGGAAAUCGAGUACAGCGAGUACCAGAAGAAAAUUACAGACGACGCGCGCAUCAAGGCGUUGAACAAGUUUGCCGAGGUUAGCGACGUUCGUCUUGCCGCCUCAAAGGACUACGCCAAGCACAUCAUUCGUGAGCAGAAGCGCCAAGACAAGGACGGCUCUCAGUCGCACAACACCGAGUUCGGCUUCGACGCAUCCAUCGAGGACGAAGAUCUCAUGACGGGUAUUCAACAUCCUUAGUACCUUUACCGGGUGGGCCAUCCUUCAAAGAUGAUCUUUCGAUGUCACUGCAGUUCGCGCCAACUUUGACGAGGUAAUGAGGGCACGAAGUGAGGGAAGGAGGAUAGUAAGAUGAUUUCUUGCAUGAGAAAAAGAGCGAAACGUAGGUAGUGCUGCAUGAGAUUUGACCUCGGCAUACUGGGGGGCAUCAGGCCGGCGUUACGAGAUCAGGUUCACAAGGGAUAUUGCUUUGAUUGCCAAAAGAGGCAUUUGCGACACUAUCAGCAGAAUUGCGAGGGCCCGG